ACAGUGAUUUCCAUUAAUGGCAGUGGGCGGCGCGCGCGCACAGCUCGUCUCUUACUGCGAUGUACAUGCGCGUCCGUAAUCGUCCAACCAGCCAGCGAGCCCGCACUCCUCAAAUCAGACCCAGCCGAACCAACCCGAGCCGAACUACAACGAUCCGAAACGACAUCCCCGCCAGCGCAGUCCAAGGCUGGAGAGACGGAAUGAUGACCUCUUAACGCAGCUUUUACGCACUCGACCCGCUGUCCGUCCCUUAAAAGCUCACAUUCCGCCUGUUUGCGCUUGAUUCGCGUGCUGAGAUCAUGGACACAGCACUUCUAAGGACCCAUAUUAUCUUCUCUCUGCUUCUCCUUUUCAUCCAAAUAGUUGUGGAAGCUGAACCAUUGGCCCAAGGCUUGAGGAGGCUCACCGAAGAUGUCGACUGGUCAUACUCAGGUACCCUAAACCAGCGCAAGUGGGGUAAGAAGUAUCCAUCCUGUAACAGUCCCAGACAGUCUCCUGUGGACAUCGACGAGACAUUUACCCAGGUUAGGGUGCAGUACCAGAAUCUACAGCUAGAGGGCUGGAACAGCUUGACAGCAGAGUCUACCACCAUUCACAACAACGGGAAGACUGUGGCAAUCGAUGUGGAUGGGGAGUUCUUUGUGAGUGGCGGAGGGCUGAGGUCCAGGUUUCGUGUUGGCAGAAUCACCUUCCACUGGGGUCGCUGCAAUGCAACAUCAGAUGGGUCUGAACACAGUCUGAAUGGAAUGAAAUACCCUCUGGAGAUGCAGAUCUAUUGUUACAAUUCAGAGGAGUUCCAAAGUCUGGAUGAAGCUAUAGAGAAAGAAGGAAGGGUGGCUGCCUUAGCUGUGCUAUUUGAGAUUAGCUUGGAUGAUAAUGAGAACUUAAUUCCUGUUGUGGAAGCCAUUAACACUGUCAGCAGGUUUGGUAAGAGUGGGUCAGUGGAGGCAUUCACCUUGAGGUCCUUGCUGCCAAAUAACACAGACAAAUACUACAUCUACAACGGCUCACUGACUUCCCCCCCAUGCACUGAAAUGGUGGAAUGGAUUGUCUUUAAGCAUGUUGUGCCCAUAUCGGAAACACAGCUUGAGGUGUUUUGUGAAGUGAUGACUAUGGAGCAGGCUGGUUAUGUGAUGCUGACGGAUUACCUGCAGAACAACUUCAGAGAGCAGCAGCAGCAGUUUAUGGGUCAGGUGUUUGCCUCUUACACUGGAGUCGAGGAGGUGCUCACACCCACCUGCAGCUCUGAGCCACAGAAUGUUCAGGCUGAUGCUCAGAACGACACCACCAUCAUGGUGACCUGGGAGCGUCCCCGUGCAGUGUAUGACACAACCAUCGACUGGUACACUGUCACAUACCAGAAGCUGCAGGGCCAAGACCAGCGCAAGCAGGAGUACAGGACCGAUGGAGACCAGGAUGUGGGUGCCAUCAUCUCCAACCUGCUGGCCAACAGCAGCUAUGUGGUCCAGGUGGUGGCUGUUUGCACCAAUGGACUCAGAGGACGAUGGAGCGACCAGAUAAUCGUGGACAUGCCAUUGGAAGACCCAGAAAGCGAUUCUGACCCUGAAGCUGUCACAAAGGAUUUGGAAGGAAACAGGGAGCUUUCGUCCAUAGUCAGAUGGGAGAAGCCAGUGAAGCAGAAUCCGAUGCAUUUAGCUUCAGAGGACAACAGCCCAGUGGAGGAGAUUCCACUGGAGCAGACCAGAGUUUACCAGAACCAACCUUCAUAUCAUGAGAACCAGCCCACAGACCGAACCCAAGCCAGCCAGAACAUUCCAGUCCAAGAAGGCACCACUCCAACCCCAAAGACACCCACCGAGGCCCCAGUUUCUCAGAAUGUCAGAAAGAAACAGGGUAAAAAAUCACAUGAUGUGGAUCAGAACUGGAUUGAAGGUGACCAGAUGAUGAACCAGCCUUUCACUAAUGCAGGCUUUGAGGGCAAUAGCGCAAUAUGGGUUACCACUGAGCUAACCGAACAACCAGGCUUCCUAUUUCCAGUUGUUCGGACAACCUCUCUGCCAGCAAUUCGCCGGCAAAUCACAGAAGAGGCAUCGCUGUCAGUGCUGCCACAUGAGACAAGAGAUCAAGGCCCACCACAGCAAGCCAGUGGAAAUAGCCUCCCUUCUGCUUCACCAGAGCUCUACACAACUCCUAUGGAGGAUAUCCACAUCACAGAUGUCUUCUAUGAAGACACAGUCAACAACUCUCCACAGGAAAGCAUCACCUCCCCUCCAACGACGCCUGCCUCUGCAGUGCCAGUGGACGAAGCCUUCCCGCCGCCCUCUGAAGAUGACGAUGCCCCUGUAAAUGAGCCCCUGCCAAAAACGCUACCCUCCUCAUCUCUCUGGAUCACAGAAAAGACGGCGACCCCCAGCAACACACUUGCCGAUUCAGUUUACAAGUCCUUCACUACCUCCUCUCUCCUCAGAGUGCUGAUGCAUACGACUCAGCCCAUGUUCAAUGCAAAUACAGCCACGUCGACGGUUGAAGACUCGACCAUUGAUGCCUCGUCUGGCUUCACAAACACUCAAAAGGGAAUUAUCAUCAACCCUGCACUUGCAACAGUCUCUGAAUGGGCAUUCUCUGCUGAAGGAGAUUUAUCCAGUGUAAUCCCUCCAUUACAGACACCCUUCAGCAAAGAUCCUGCCAUCUUCCAUCUUUUUCCUGCCCUCCAUGAAAACAGGAAAAGUGGUGUUAUCGUUCAUCAUAAUGACAAGUCCUCUGAAGAGCCCACUUUUGUUCCUUUGCAGACUGAUGUAGAAAACCCUCAAUUCUCUACCACGUCUUCACAUGAUCAAUUAUUUGCCACUUACUCCCUUCCUAAUUCUGGUUGGAGUACCAUAAACCCAUCAAAAACAAACACUGCUGAUGGAGAAAAAAACAAGUCUCCUCAUUCUCAAAGUGAUAGCAAGAUAGGAGAAAUGGAAGCCAGGGCGGAUAAACAAAUUGAUAACUACAAUGUCAGUGCAAUAACAUUUUUCUUUAAUUCCAAAAGUCUGGAUUUGUCAGAAAGUUCAGCAGAAGACAGUGGAUCAGGCUCUGGCCUUGGCAGCAAUGGCUUCAAUGAGGAAAUCAAUGAAGCUGCUGCAGUAAAAACUGAAUUUUCAGUGUUUGACAUUUCAACUAUUAGCUUCGAGGACAAAAGUAGAUCAGCAGUAACUAUGAUGGUCACUGAUAAUGAUAGAUCAGUGAUCAAUGAAAGAGAUGUAACAAAAAGCAAAAACUAUGAGAAUGAAAAAGAGUCAAAGAAUGAGAUACGGGAGAAUGAAAGUGAGCUAAACAGAAAGGAAGGAGAAAAUAUAAGAGAAAGGGGAGUAAGAAAUGAGAGUUUAAGAAAUAUUGAGGAGAUGCUGAAAGAAAAAAAGAUAGUGGUAAGUGUAUUAGGAACGACAAUAUAUGGUGAUAGCGGAAGUGGAGCUGAGGAUGUCAGUGGCUCUGGGGAGCAUGAUGGGCUUGACUUUAGAGAAAAUCUAAAGGUACUUAAUAACAGUAAAAAGGGUUUUAGAACUGUAGGUGACAAUAAUGCCAAAGAUCUUAAAGGCAAUUUUUCAAAAAGUGAAAAAGCAGAGUCCAUACUAUUUGACCACAGUGAAGAACAAGGCCAUGGUGACAGAAUUUAUAAACACAAUCAAAACAAAAGCCUUAUAGGUCCAUUUUUAGGGGUUGAAUCUACUUUUGAGAAUAAAGAAUACAUAAAAGGAGGUACUAAAGAGGACAAAGAAGGCAUAGCUGAAGACAGUGUGCAGGAGUUCUCCAGUGUAGAUGGGUUAUUGUUUGAUGGUGCAAGUAACCCUGAGUUGGGACCUCUUGUUCCUCUGGUCAGACUGACGGACACCGACAAGGCAACGGAGGAGCAACUGGAAGAGCGAAGCAACAGCAGCCACGAGUCUCGGGUCGGACUUGUUGAGGGUGUGGACAGAGAGAAGAGGACAGUCAUUCCUCUGGCUGUCGUAUCCACUCUCACCAUCCUUUGUCUGCUGGUACUAGUGGGAAUACUCAUCUACUGGAGAAACUGUUUCCAGGCAGCUAAUUUCUACCCAGAUGACACAUCGCCUAAAGUUGUAUCUGCUCCAUCUACACCCCUGCUGUUGGCCACAGAUGGUCACGAGCCGCUGACAGUGAAGCAGUUUGUGAAGCAUGUCAUGGAGCUCCAGACCACCAACACUUUCUCCAAGGAAUUUGAGAUUGUCAAAGAGUCCUAUGAGGAGGUGCAGGCAUGCACAGUGGACAUGGGCAUUACUACAGACAGCUCUAAUCACCCUGACAACAAAAACAAGAACCGAUACAUCAACAUACUGGCCUACGACCACAGUAGAGUUAAGCUCUCUAACAGUUUGGACAGAGAUGGGACAUGCGGGGACUACAUCAACGCUAACUUUGUUGAUGGUUAUGAGCGGACGAGGGCAUACAUUGCAGCUCAGGGGCCUCUAAAAUCAGGCAGGGAGGACUUUUGGAGGAUGAUCUGGCAGCAGAAUAUUGGAGUUAUUGUCAUGAUCACCAAUCUGAAGGAGAAGGGACGGACAAAAUGUGAUCAGUACUGGCCAGAGGAGAACCAGGAAGAGUAUGGGUCUUAUCAGGUGACACUGAAAAACACCAAGACACUUGCUUACUACACACUCCGGACGUUCACUGUCAGGGAUACUGCAAAUAAGGUAUCUCAAAGGAGAGUUGAACACACAGUCCUCCAUUACCAUUACACCCAGUGGCCGGACAUGGGCGUCCCAGAAUACACUCUGCCCGUCCUCUCCUUCAUCAGAGCGUCCUCCAGGGCCCGCACGCAGGAGAUGGGACCUGUGUUGGUACAUUGCAGCGCCGGUGUGGGAAGGACAGGAACCUACAUUGUGAUAGACAGCAUGCUGCAGCAGAUCCAGGAUCAAGGGACAGUGAACGUUCUUGGCUUCCUGAAACAUGUCCGCACACAGAGGAAUUUCCUUGUUCAGACAGAGGAGCAGUACAUAUUCAUCCACGAUGCCCUGGUUGAAGCUAUUUUGAGCCGGGACACCUUGGUGACCUCUGACCUCCUUCACAAUUACGUCUCUGACCUGCUGACCCCUGGUGCCACAGGCAGGACACGUAUGGAUAAACAAUUCAAGUUAAUUAGUCAGCGUCAGGCGAAGCACGCAGACUACAGCACUGCCCUGAAAGAUGGCAAUGCUGAGAGGAACAGAGCCAGAGCUCUAAUGCCUGUGGAGAGAUCAAGAGUCACUCUGACUGCUUCAGAAUCAAACUCCACAGGCUACAUCAAUGCAUCCUACGUGAUGGGACAUCACUACACUAAGGAGUUCAUAGUGAGCCAGACUCCUCUGAGCAGCACGGUGGCAGAUUUCUGGAGAAUGAUCUGGGAACACAAUGCACAGAUUGUAGUCUGUCUGCCAGACUCAAACAGCCAGAGAGACGAAGAGUGUCGUGCGUACUGGCCCAGUAAAGACCAGCCCCUGAGCAUUGAUGGCUUCACUGUGUCAUACUCCAGGGAGGAGCACAUGUGUCUGUCUAAUGAUGAGAGACUUUUAGUGCAGGACUUCACAGUCCAGUCUCCACAGAACAAUUAUGUGCUGGAAGUGCGUCAGUACAGCACCACCUGCUGGCCCAACCCAGACAGUCCGAUCCGAAACAGCUUUGAUCUCAUUAACAGAGUCAGAGAACAGAGCACGCACACACAGGGACCGGUGAUCGUACAUGAUCCUUUGGGAGGUGCUACGUCAGGACUGUUUUGUGCCCUCACGACCCUGUCCAAUCAGCUAGAGGAGGAGGGAUCAGUAGAUGUCUACCAAGUGGCACGGAUGACCAACCUCAUGAGGCCUGGGGUAUUUAAUGAUAUAGAGCAGUACCAGUAUCUGUACAGAGCGGUGUUGAGCCUGGUGAGCAGUCAGGAGGACCAGAGAGCUCUGCAGAAUCCAGAGACCAACGGAUCUGUACCGCUGGGCCAGACCAACAUCGCAGAAAGCCUGGAGUCGCUCAUGUAGACAUCCACACAAAAAUGCGCAUGAAAGAGAAAAUAAAUCACACGAGCGCACAUUUGAGAUUACGAGGAGAAAAGAGUAGGUCUGCUGAUCAUGCUAAUACUUUCAUUUACUGCAAAUUCAAAAAUCAUUAUUUAUAAGAUCAUUUUUCAAAACAGAACAAUCUAAUGAAAUGACAUUUAAUCUAAAAGACCUCUGGUCUAAAGUCUUUUCCCUUUCAAUCACUUAUUAUGAAGAAAAUUCUUACUCUGCCCGACAAGCGAUGAUGAAACACCUGAAAGCAUCCCUUUUGUUAUGUUAGCAUGCACAGCAGACAAGGCUACCAGAUGAGAGAAAAAGGUACCCUUCUGCUUCUAAGGGACCCUUUAUAAGUGAACAACAAACAAAACCCUGCAUCAUUUAUAAUAAUACAUUAUUAUUUUAUUUUUAAUCAUCAUUAAAAGCAUUAGUUGGAAUUAGGGGUGGCACGGUGGUUAGCACUGUUGCAUCACAGUAAGAAGGUCCUGAGCUCAAUUCCAUCAGGCCGGGGUCUUUCUGUGUGGAGUUUGCAUGGCCUC